UCUGAUAACGACUUACAGCCGAAACCUUACAAAAUUACGAGGAAAUAUUGAAGAGAAAUGAUGAUUACGUUGAAGAUUCCUUAUCUAUUGGUUGUGGCUUUUUUUGGCCUCUCCUCAGGAGCAAGUUUGAGUAACGAGGCAACUUUUGACCAGCAGCCAUGCACAAAUGAGUAUUUGAGAAUCGCACGAGAUCAUCCAGAAUCAAGACAUAUGUUGCCAAGAUGCGAUGAUAAAGGUCAAUACAAGCCACUGCAGAGAACCUAUUCCAGCUUUGCAUGUUACUACCCACACGGAGUGCUUGACAAUGUCUACAAUUAUCAAGAGGAAGGACCGUGCCAUAAACUGAAGCAGUGUCUUAAAAACCAUGCAUCAGAAGGAAACGAAGAUUACAAGCUGAUACGCUGUGAUCCAUUUGGUUUGUUUGAGUCACUACAAAAAUUGGAAGAUGAACGAUUGAUUUGUAUGCUGCCUGAAGGAGAGUUCCCAGAGCCUUAUGGUUUUACAGCCGGGAAGAGCAAUUGCGUAGCUUUACAGCCCUGUCGUCAAACUGCGGACGAGAUAGCCGAUGAAGAAUCGUUUCCAAGCCACACGCUGCCACGAUGCAACGCCCAAGGUAGAUUCAAGCCAUUACAAGUUUACAACGAUAAGGUGGAAUGUUAUUAUCCAAGUGGUGCAGAUUUUGCUGACUAUUACGCAGCGCGAGGGCCAUGUCGUAAAGUGAAACGAUGUCUCAGGCAAAAAUAUUAUGAAACGAGGGACGCCAAGGAACACAAGUUGCUACGAUGCGACAAAUUUGGAUAUUUCAAGCCCCUGCAAAUGCGAGAAGACGGGAAGAUGAUCUGUGUCGACUUUCAGGGAAACGUUAGAAAGCGGGUUGGUGUGACAGGAACUGAAGACUGCUUGUACUCGGUCAUUGUUCAUUGAGAAGUCUUCGUUUAUCGUAUUCAAGACAUUCUCAACAAAACCAUACGAAGAGAAUAUCGCAGCACUCUUAAUCUAGUUGCUUAGAUACUGCUGUACAUACUGAUGUGGAUACCUUGGCCCUUAAGACAACAAUUAUUAAAGACAACAGACUGUCUCAUUCAUUGGACAGCAAUUGUCUUCAUCGAAAGAAGAUUUUCACAAAUGAAGCAUUAAUGAUAACUAUAGAUGGUGAUUUAGUACUAUUGGUAUCACAAUCCUGAAAAGAGCUAGGACAUUUUACCAACAACAUUUAUACUGACAAGUGACAAGAAUAUUAAAUCUUUUUAGAAAGUAAUAUCUAAUCCUGUAUAUAUAUCCUAGAUUCCUAGUUUGUUUCUUGAAAUGAUAUAAUGAAUAGGGGCAGACAAUACGAAAAGUACGAAUUCAGUACGAAUAAAGUACAAAUACGAAGAGUUAAGUCAGCUAACAAUUUAAAAGGCACUGUAAAAUAAUGGUGAUGGAAGGUUUAUUGGAUAGAGAUCUUUCGAUCGUUAUUUGAUAAUUGUGAGUCUGAUAUCUGUGAGAAAGUCUAAAUAUUUGUUUAAGAUGCGUACUGCAAGCAUAG